AUGGCAGCUUAUGCAGCUUUGCUCUCUCUAAUGCGUCUCAUAGAUGACAUCGAGAACCAUCACUCCCCACCCAUCUCUCUUGACAAACACCAAAUUCAAUCUCUCACUGAAAAUGUUACCUUCCUGCAACAAUUUCUCCAAGCUUACAGGUCUCCUGUUUCUGAUAGCGAUGAAGCAGAUCCACUGGAGAUGCGUAUUGCUGAUGCAGCUUAUGCGGCCGAGGAUGUUAUCGAAUCUCAUAUUGUUGACAAGAUUCAGCACAAUAGACCCGAAGCAACCAAACUCAGACGCUUCUUCAAUUGGUUUCGAGGUUCAAAGGAUCCGAGAAAUGUCUCAUCAAAACAUGAUGAUAUUGAUGAUGAACCGGCCAAGUUGUAUGAAGAUGUACAAAAUGUGAUAGAUGAAAUGGAUCGGAUCAAGGCAGUGGCGAUGGAGACCAAUACAGAGAAGGUUGUGGUGCUCCAUGAUCAACCGUGUAGAUUGGUCUCUUCUUCCACUAAGAAGCAGAGUGGUGGCAUGAUGGUGUUCUCUGAUCAUGUCUUGCAUGGAAUCAUGGAAAAGCUCAUGUCUAACGAAUCCGGUCGCCAAGUCAUCCCCAUAACAGGCAUGGGUGGGAUAGGUAAGACCGCUCUUGCUCAAACUGUUUAUUCACAAAAAGCAAUUAAUGAGCAUUUUGAUAUUUGUGCUUGGGCAACUAUUUCCGAACAAUACAACAAGAGAGAAAUUCUGUGUGAACUUGUUUCUCAAGCCACUAUGAAAGACAAGAAACAACUAAGUGAAAAGAGUGCAGCCGAAUUAGGAUUAGAGCUCCACAAAUAUUUGUUUGGUAGAAGGUUUCUAAUUGUAAUGGAUGAUAUGUGGAAGAUUGAGUCUUGGGACGAGAUUCAACGUUUCUUUCCUAACAAUGAGAAUCACAGUCGAAUAAUGGUGACAACUAGGCAAUCACAACUGACUCCUCAGUUAAACAAUCACUAUAGCCAUUCAAUGGAGUUUCUUGAUGAGGCUAGUAGUUGGAACCUAUUAUCCAAAACUGUGUUUGAAGAGGAACCCUUUCCUCUUGAUUUGCAGAAAGUUGGAAAGGAAAUUGCACACAGUUGUAGAGGACUUCCUUUGUCAAUUGUUGUGGUGGGGGGUAUUUUAAAAAAUAUGGAGCGCACAAAAAAAUGUUGGGAAUCAAUAAGAAACAACCUAACUUCAGUAGUAAAUUUAAAGAAUGAUCAACAUUGCUUGAGAUUAUUAAAAAUGAGCUAUGAUCAUUUGCCUGUCUACUUAAAGCCUUGUUUCUUAUACAUGGGAGUGUUUGAGGAAGACGAAGAAAUUCUCAUCUCAAAGCUUAUCAAGUUAUGGGUCAGCGAAGGAUUUCUUAAACCAAUAGAUGGCAAUAGUUUGGGAACAAUUGGGAAAGGGUUCAUAAAGGACUUAAUUGAUAGAAAUCUCAUUCUAGUUGACAAGUUGGGGUCUACUGGAAAUAUAAAACAAGUCAAAGUUCAUGAUUUGGUAAGAGACCUAUGCGUGAACCAGAGCAAGAAGGAAGGUUUUUAUCAUGUUGUAGGAGAACCUAGUCCUGGAGGCAUAAAGAUCCAUCGCCGCAUUGUCGUACGCAGGAAAACUUCAAAGAAGAAAGUCGUCAAUGACUUGAAGUAUAUGUUACAUGCUCGUUCCAUUAUUUGCGAACAUGGCAAAGUUCCACGGUGCCGGAAUUUUAGAUUGUUGAGGACAAUACAAGUAGGCAGAUCUCGUGGGUUUCAGUAUGUUAACUUGCGGCACCUUGCUCACAUGGGCUCGAGUUUUUCUUAUUCCAAUCAGCUUUGGAAUUUGCAAACGCUGAUCGUUCCUUGGACACCUAUAUUUGCUUUUACUGAGUUUUGGGAAAUGCCUCAACUGAGGCAUAUUCAGAUGAGAUUUGUGCUUCUCCCAGAUCCUUCGAGUGAUUCUUUCGUUAUGGAGAAUCUCGUAGUACUUAAGGGAGCACUUAAUUUGAAGUGGGAUGAAGAGGUGGUUAAGAGAUUUCCCAAUAUCAAGAAAUUGGAUAUAUGUUAUUCAGGGAGACAGGGAAUGGGAUGUGAUGAUGAUUAUUAUUUGAGCAAUAUUAAAUGCUUGUGUAAAUUAGAAUCCCUCGGCAUCUGGUGUAGGAGAGAUUUUAGAGGGAAUGCCUCUUUGUUUAAGCUCACCUUUCCCCAAACCCUCAAGAGUUUGACUCUUGGGAUAAACUUUGCCUUUGAAUGGGAAACGAUGAUGGAAAAGAUUGGUUCAUUGCCCCUUCUUGAGAAGUUUGAGUUGCAUUUGGGAGGCUUUGGAACCGGCAAGUGGGAAAUCUUCGAAGGCCAAUUCCCUUGCCUCAAAUAUUUGGAAUUGGAUACGUGUCAUGGCCUGAAAAAUUGGACUGGGACUGCAGAUGCAAGCUCCAUCUUUCCACGUCUUCAGAAGCUUUGUUUAACUCGAUUGGAAGAGUUGGAGAAUAUUCCAUCUGAAAUUGGUUACAUACCGACUCUCCAAAAUAUAACGAUAUGGUAUUGCGGUGAUUCAGUGGUGAAAUCUGCGAAAGAGAUUGUAGAGGAACAAAUGGAUUUACAAGGUGACGAUAUUCCCUUUCAUGUUAAGGUUACACUACCCUAUGAGUUUAGUAAAAACAAAGGGAUGAACGAAGCAAUGCGGAGCUUGACAGGUCCUAACUUUGAAGUUGUCUAG